AUUUAUCCACGCUGAGCUACGCAUAACCUUUUUCCCAACAAUUAGUCGUCUUUUGCAAUUUUUACAGUGAAUAUUUCUAUUGUCCAGUGUUUUUAAACAGUGACUAUAAACAAAAUGGCAGAAACCAUGAGGCAAAACAUCGCUGUAAUGUUGAGGAGCAUCGAGAGAUACAAUCCUGAAAAUUUAACGACUCUCGAGAAAUACGUCGAACUACAGGCCAGGGAGAAUGCUUAUGAUCUGGAGGCCAACCUGGCCCUUCUCAAGUUGUACCAGCUCAACCCCCAGCGGUUUGACAUUCACGUGACAUGUCAAAUACUCCUCAAAGCUCUCACGAAUCUCCCUCAUACGGAUUUCGUUCUCUGCAAGUGUCUUUUGAGUGAAAAAAUCAUGCAACAAGAUCCUAUCAGCCAGAUAAUCUACCUGGCUGAUAUUCUCGAGCAAUGUGACUUCCAGCACUUCUGGGACAGAAUGAUCUCGAUGUCUGAGCUCUGCGACAAAAUUGUUGGCUUCCAGGACUCCAUAAGAAAAUUCGUGUGUCACGUAGUUGGUAUCACAUUUCAAACAAUUGAUAAGAGCCUGCUGGCACAACUGCUUGGCAGCGUCGAUGAUUCAACUCUGAAACACUGGGUAAAGAAAUACGGAUGGCAAGAGCAGAGCAAAAAUGUUAUUUUCAUUGCCAAUCAGGAUGAGAACAUCAAGACUAAGAACAUUACCGAAAAAAUUGAUUUUGAAAAUGUCGCAGGGCUGAUGGCUGCCUGUCUUUAACUCUAAUUCUGAAUAAAUUGCUUUCAUAUCUCUGA